GCGUAACAACGUUACAUCUUGCAGCUGAUACCCUUUGAACUUCCAAGCAUAACCUCCAAAUGGCAGAACAAUGGUCAAAACCGCGUCUUUUAAGAAUCCAAACAAAAUCCCAGGAAGUGAAAGUCUCUUGUUUGUUCUGUUGUGUCGUCUUCUUACCCAUAAACAUUCAAGUUGAAUGACUCCGCGAUCACCCCACCAGUUUACACUCCCUUCUCUCUUAUACUAUUGUUCCGUUUUCAGUUUGCAAAACCUUUCUAAAGUUUGAUGCUUUGCAUCUUUGCAAAUUUAUCUAGUUUUUAAUUGGAUGGUAUUUGCAUUGAGAAUUUAUAACUUUUGUAUGAUUUUUCCUGGCAGAAAGAUGCUUCUUUUGCUGAGCUACUGAGUUGUGCUUGGUUGCUUGAGCAAUGUAGGGGAAAGGACGAAGCAACAGACUUGAUUUUUGAAAUUGUCAUUCUUUAGGUCCUAUAUAAGACAAAUAUUCAGUUCACUUGGGUUUGGUUUUUCUUGAAGUUACUGAUAAUCACUGUUGGAGUCAAGUUUUCUUUUCUUUCAUUUUAGUCAGCUUUUUUGGUUCUCUCUAUAUAUAUAUGAGAAACCAGAACUUAUUACUAGAGAAAAACUUGUGCUUCAUUUGUUUGGCAUUUGCUGCUCUGUAGUCGAGUGUGUGCUUUAUUACGAUUAUCCAAGAGUAGCUUUUACUUUACUUUGGAAAAUGCGCUUUGAGGAUUUGGGGAAUUUAGAGAAGUUGGUGGGUGUUAUCAUAUUGGCUUGGCUUUCAUGCACUAGCCAUAGUCUUCAUGUGACUCCUAUCUCUUGCAAUGUGUCAUUAACUGAAUCUUGUCCUGCUUCACUAUAUUAUGUUCCAAGAACCACAAUAAGCCUGGAAGAAAUGUCUGCUUUAUUCCAUGUAAAUUCAAAUGCAGUUAAUAGAACCAUUGAUGGUUUCUUGAUUGCAAUAAAUUGUAGCUGCUUAGCUGGCCAUGAUGAGUUUACUUGGCAUCUGGAGUAUGAAGUCCAACCUGAGGAUACAUGGGAUGGCAUUUCAUCAAAAUUUGGGUCAUUUGUUGUGGCAAAGCCUGAAAAGGCACUGGUUCCAUCACAAACUGUGACUUUGGACAUUUUAUGUGGUUGUUCUGAAGGUGCAGAUACUGUCACAUACAAGGUCACUAAGGGAGAUACACUGUAUACAAUCUGUUCACGAUUUGAUGCAGAUCUAAAUAAAACUGCCUGGUUGAAUAGGCUUGAGAAUCCAAAGCUUAUUCAUGAGGGAGAUGUGAUCUUUAUUCCUGAACCAGAGGGCCUUCAAAACCUUAUCGUCUAUGACAACAAAGAUUCAAGUACCAAAAAGGCAUCAAAAUCUAGAACUCAUGUGGUGGUUGGAGCCAUUUCAGCUGCUUUUGCUGUUAUUCUAUUGACAGUCAUACUUGUUUCUUGUAAGGGAUAUAAGAAGAAGGAUACUCAGCUACCAAUGCCCUAUUCAAGAAAGAUGGAUCACUUGCAUUCUUAUUUUGAUUUGUGCGCUUUUCUCUCAAAAUCUGGAGAAAGCACUGUUUCCUCAUUCAAUUCUGAUAAAGCUGUUGUGUUUCCUUAUUAUGAAGUUUGUGAUGCAACUUCUAACUUUAGUAUGUCUUUAAAGAUUGGCCAAGGUUCUUAUGGAUCUGUUUACCUUGGAAAAUUAAAAGGAACUGAUGUGGCCAUCAAGCAGAUGAAAAACACAAAGUCAAAAGAGUUUUUAUCGGAGAUUAAUAUUCUUUGUAAAGUUCAUCAUUCAAACUUGAUUGAGCUUAUUGGUUAUGCUGCUGGUGGAGACUCUUUGUUUCUUGUUUAUGAAUUUGCCCAAAACGGUGCGUUAAGUGAUCAUCUGCAUGGGUCCACCCUUAGAGGUUAUAAGCCACUUGCUUGGAUUAGGCGUGUUCAGAUUGCUCUUGAUGCUGCAAAUGGUCUUGAGUACAUACAUAAGCACACAAAACCAUAUUAUGUUCAUCGAGAUGUGAAGACGAGCAAUAUUCUUUUAGAUUCCAAUUUUUGUGCAAAGAUUGCUGAUUUUGGACUGGUAAAACUAUUGGACAAUUCUCCAGAAGUUGGUGCUACGGCAUCAAGAAUUGUUGGCACAUUUGGUUAUCUUGCCCCUGAGUAUGUGCGAGAUGGACGUGUGACAACAAAGAUUGACGUCUAUGCCUUCGGAGUUGUCCUUAUGGAAUUAUUAACCGGCCAACCAGCUCUGAGCAGAGAUGCAAGCCCUGGCAAUAAUCACUACAGUGAGCAUCGGACGGUGGUAGAUUAUAUGUUAUCAGCAUUAACUGAUAUCCAAAAGCCCAUGAUUGAACUGGCAAAAUGCAUCGAUCCAAACCUUACCCACUACCACAAGGACUCUGUUUUACAGAUGGCAUUAUUAUCCAAGGAUUGUGUGGAUGACAACUGGAGCCAGCGUCCAGACAUGUCAGAAGUUGUGCUUCGCCUCUCGCACAUUCUCAUGAACUCUAAGGAGUGGGAGAAAUAACCGUGCAGUCAGACAGAGUCCGGAGAAUUGUCUGUCCUCUGCCGCCUUGGCCCAUCAUAGUCCUCAUUUUUACUGGACUCUUUGGGAAUGCCAAGUGAUUUUAUACCAAACAGAAGUCCUUUUUGGGCGAGGAAAUAAAUUCAGAGGUACCAUUCACCUUUGCAAACAAGGGCAAUAGAGAAAUCACAAUGGAAAAUGCCACGAGACUGCAACAUGGUAUAUAGAUAGUGUAUUAGAUAUAUACAAGCACCCCAAAAAUUGAGGUUGGAUAGAAAUAGAAAUAGUCAACCAAGUAAAUUAAAUUUCUGCAGGAUACUGAAUUUUCCAGCUUGUGUUAACCUAAUCUUCAAUAAAAUUUAAUGUUUCUGUCAA